GGGCCGAGCCGAGCCGGGCGGGCGGGCGACACCUGGGCGGCUGCGCUGCCUCCUCCUCUCACGUAGGUUUCGACUUUCUUCCCCGCCCGGAAACUUGGUGGAGGAGCCGCGCUUGCCGCCGUCGCAGGCCGAGUUGGUGCUGGGCUUCCCUCGGUCCCUCCCUCCCCUUCUCGGGGGCGAGCGAGCCCUCUUCCCGCCCUCCAGAGGUUCUCAGGCAGACAGUGACUACGUGACAAGUUCCCUUGCACUGGGCUGAAAGUGCCUGAUGCUGGCUAUCAUGGCUGAUCCCGUAGGAGAGGAACAUGUGUCCCAAGUCAGUGAACUCUGCUGUGAGUGUGGUCAGUUCCACCUCUUGUUGGACAAUCAUCUCUACAACUUCCAGGAUGAAGUGGACGAUGAACUCAUCUGCCAUAUCUGCCUUCAGCCUCUGCUCCAACCUAUGGACACUCCCUGUGGACAUACAUACUGUUUCAAGUGCCUUGAAAACUUCAUGCAGGAGUAUAACUUUUGUCCCAUGGAUCGGAAAAAGCUCUCUUUCCAGCAGUGCCACAAGUCCAGCCUUCUAGUUCGAAACCUGUUGGAUAAGCUGAUUGUCUUCUGUCCUUUCAAGGCAGAGUGUCAGCAGACAAUGCAGCGCUGUGAACUAGAAGCUCAUCUGCAGAACAGGUGUCCUGGUUUCAAGAAAUACAAAUCUGAACUACAGCAGAAAAAGAAUUCCAUUUCCAAAGGAAAGGAAGAUCUCUCUACCAAGGUGGAGACAAACACGCCCAAGGAUCCAGAGGUACCAAGUGGAGGAUCGUCACUUGUGGCAGAAAGCUCUGCAGCUGCCGUGGUAUCACUAGGGACUGCAGAGCCUGGACUGGUUAAUCCAGCUUUUGAGGAGACUGAAGAAGACCUCCCCCAGAGAACUAGUCUUGUGGCUGAAACAACCACAAUUGAAAUUCACCGAGAAGACCCGGAGGAAGAGCUGGGGAUGAGGAUAGUUGGAGGUAAAGACACCCCACUAGGAAACAUUGUUGUUCAGGAAGUCUUGCGGGAUUCUGUUGUUGCUGCAGAUGGAAGAAUAGCACCUGGGGACCAUAUACUCGAGGUGAAUGGCGUCAACAUCAGCAGUGUGACUCACUGUCAAGCUGUCUCCUUCCUGCGCCACCCAGGUCCUGUUCUUCACCUCAUGGUCCUGCAGGAGAAGGGUUUUUCCAAUAAGACUGUGCAGCAGGAUUCUACUUCUGCUGCAAAUAGGGAAGUGAUCCACGUUACCUUGAUAAAGAGAGACCGAUCUGAACCUUUGGGAAUCAAACUGAUCAGGAAGACGGAUGAGGCAGGGAUUUUUAUUCUAGAUCUGUUAGAGGGAGGUUUGGCUGCCAAAAAUGGAAAGCUGAGUCGGAAUGACAGAGUCCUGUCAAUAAAUGGCCAGGAUUUGAGGCAAGGAACACCUGAGGCUGCUGCGCAGAUAAUCCAGACCACUGAAUCAAGAGUGAACUUUGUGAUCUUGAGGCAGCCAGGUGUACAGCUGUCAGACCCAGUAGAAGAUGGCAGCACAUCAAAUAAUAGCAGCAGCAGCAGUAGCAAUGGAGGAAGCCCGGUGCACCACCGAAGACGACUAGAACAGAAUCACUAUAGACGAAAAUCUAACUACCAGAAGGAUUUACCUCAGGGAUAUGUAAGUCAUGAAAAGACAGUUGCAAUAAAAAAAGAACCAAAGGAAUCCUUAGGAAUAACGAUUGGAGGUGGAAGGGAUAACAAAAACAAACUCCCUAUAUAUGUAACAAGUGUGCAGCCCAUUGGAUGCCUCUUCAGGGAUGGGAGAAUCAAGCGAGGAGAUGUACUUUUGAGCAUAAAUGGCAUUGAUUUGACUCAUUUGAACUACUAUGAAGCUGUCUCGGCACUGAAAUCUAAUGCAGCUUCCCACUCAGUUGUACUGAAAGCCUUGGAAGUCCUCUCACUGAACUCGUCAGAGCCACCUCUGGACAUCAAGGAGCAAGGAUUCAGUUGGUCUCCCCUCUGGAUCACAUGGCUUGGAUUGCCUAGCUAUCUUCACUGCUGUCAAGAUAUUGUCCUUAGUAAAGGUAACCUGGAAAGCUGGGGCUUCAGCAUUGUUGGAGGCUUUGAGGAAAGCAAAGGAAACCAGCCAUUCUUCAUCAAAACCAUCGUGCCUGGGACUCCAGCCUUCCGAGACAGGAAACUGAAGUGUGGAGAUGAAAUAGUGGCAGUAAAUGGAGUGCCAGCGAUCGGAAUGAGCAACUCGGAACUAAUCCCAAUGCUGAAGGAGCAAAGGAACAAAGUCACGCUGACUGUGGUGUCCUGGCCGGGAAGCCUCGUGUGAAAGCUCAAGCAAAGCCCACGCCCGUUUCAGGUAUCAGAGGGCCACCACACAAAGCUGAGCACGUGACAGACAAACCGAGGGAAUGCUGAGCUCUUGCUACAUAGCGUAUUGCCAUGGAAGACUUCUAGCUUCCUUUCCUCCAGAAAACAUUUCUUCACUGUGCUGAGGUUAUCAACAAAUCUGAUUCUUGGAUUUAAAGUAACAGUUGAUCCGAACAGUUGUUGUAACUUCCUGGGCUCAUUAAAGCUCUCGAGGACUGGUGUUGCAGAGUAA